UUAAACACAGCUCCUAGCUUUCCUUCGAUUUCAAUUUCUUCAUUCUCUAAACCCUUCCUGAUUCUGAGUAAGAAAAUCUCCAAAUCUUUUCGGCCAAAAUUAACAAAAUCCUACGCACUAAAUUUGAAAUUCAAAUUCACAGAAAACUAAACUCUUGAUUUGAUGGCGUUGAAGGAGAAGCCAUUGGAAGGAAUUCGCCUUCUUUCUAUGUACAACGACGAUGAAGACGACGAGGAGAUGGAAGACCUCGAAGAAGGAGAACAACAACAGGAAGAUGAAAAUCGAGAGGCAAAUAAUUUAGAGGAAGAUUCGAGAAUGAACGUUGGUGAUGAUACGGUCGCUGGUGACGAGACUUCGACACCGCAGCAGCCUCAGGUCCCGUUCAUAUCAUCGAAGCAACACGGGGCUUCUUCUGAUUCGAGGAGACGUGGUAGAGGGAGGUUGACUAUUGUGGACUAUGGGCACGACGAGGUUGCCAUGUCGCCUGAACCUGAGGAGGGGGAAAUUGACCUUCAAAAUGCUAAUGAUGAUUUCCGGGAAAGGACACCUAUGGGAACUGUUCAAGUUUUGACACCUGGUGUUCAAAGAACUCCUCAAUCAACAGAGCAUUUUGAACAAUCACAACAUGAUCCAAUGACUUAUUCUCCGACGGAAUCAGAAACUGUGGUAGUUCAGGAGACUGUUGAGGUUACAGAAGAAGAAGCUGAUCCAUUAGAUAAGUUUCUCCCUCCACCACCAAAAGCCAAGUGCUCAGAGGAGCUGCAGAGGAAGAUAGAUAAAUUUCUAGGUUUAAAGAGAAUUGGAAAAAGCUUCAAUGCAGAAGUUCGUAAUAGGAAGGAUUAUCGGAAUCCGGACUUCUUACUGCAUGCGGUGAGGUAUCAAGAUAUUGAUCAGAUAGGGUCUUGCUUCAGUAAAGAUGUAUUUGACCCACAUGGAUAUGACAAAAGCGAUUACUUUGAUGAAAUAGAGGCUGACAUGAGGCGUGAAAGGGAAAGAAAGGAUCAAGAAAGUAAAAGGAAUCAGAAGGUUGAAUUUAUUGCAGGAGGAGUGCAACCUGGAAUAGUUGCUGCUGCCCCAAAACCUAACAUACCCGUUCCAGUGCUGAAUGCAAAUGAUGCUGCUGCAAGGGAUGGUAGACAGAACAAGAAAUCGAAGUGGGACAAGGUGGAUGGUGAUCGAAAGAAUCCUCUAUCUACAGUGGGGCAGGAUUCUCUAUCUGCAGCUGGGGCUCAUGCAGCAAUUUUAUCUGCUGCUAAUGCUGGCUCUGGAUACACUGCGUUUGCGCAACAAAGACGGCGGGAGGCAGAAGAAAGAAGAUCUAGUGAAAGGAGGUUGGAGAGAAGAUCUUGAGCUGUUUAUAAUGGAAUACAUAGGCACUAAUUUGGGACAACGUUAAAUGACUCCUGGCAUGAUUGUGUUCAGAUUUUGUCCAGCUUCAAAGUGAUUACGAUGUUGUUGCAUUCUACUCUUCACACUGCGGUCUUUCCUCUCCCUCCCCCACAAAUAUAAGUGGUGUAUGUUGUACAAGCUCCAAUGCUCCAAGAUGAUUUGACUUUAAAAAAAUUUUGUAUGGGAAUCCCAAGAAUGAA